AUGGGUGUUUUAAAAAAGACUACAGGUCUUAUGGGCUUAGCAGUUGCUGCUAACCCACAUCAUACCCUUGGUUCACUUUAUGGCAAAAUAUUAAGGACACUGCAGAAAAUGCCAUCAAAUGCAGCUUAUAGAAAAUACACUGAACAAAUUGUUCGUGAGAGGGCAGCUGUACUACAACAGACAAAAGAUGUGUUUGAACUGGAAUCGAAAAUUAACUGUGGCCAUGCUAAAGAACUUAUAAUACAAGCCGAAAAUGAACUUAAUUUAGCCAGAAAAAUGUUAAACUGGAAACCAUGGGAGCCUCUAGUUGCUAAGCCACCUAAGGGCCAGUGGGAUUGGCCUCCAGCAAAACCUUGA